CCUUGAGUAUGGGGGAAGGAAGGACAGGGAUAGAGAGAGACAAGUUAGUCUUGGGGUAUGGGAGGGGGUGGAACAAGAAGCUACCAGACUUCAUCCUCCAGAGCCAACAUGGGUCGCAUUUGGACCAAGACCGUGAAGAAGGCAGCGCGAGUCAUCAUCGAGAAGGACUACACUUGCCCAGGCAAUGACUUCCACACCAACAAGCGUGUGUGUGAGGAGCUCGCCAUCAUCCCCAGCAAGAAGCUCUGCAACAAGAUCGCAGGCUAUGUCACUCAUCUGAUGAUGAGGAUUCAGAGAGGCCCUGUGAGAGGUAUCUCCAUCAAACUGCAGGAAGAGGAAAGAGAAAGGAGGGACAACUAUACCCCUGAGGUGUCUGCUUUGGAUCAGGAAAUCAUUAAAGAGGACCCUGAUACCAAAGAAAUGUUGAAACUCCUGGACUUUGGCAGUUUGUCCAACCUGCAAGUUACCUAGCUCACGGUUGGGAUGAACUUCAAAACACCAAGAAGAGCUGUUUAAUAUUUACUUUUGCUUUCUUUCCAAUAAACUUGGGAACGCCUCCCCCCCCCAGAAAAAAAGAAUAAAAGCUACCAAAAAGGA